AUCUACGGUUUGUUAUCUCUCAUCGUCAUCGGGGAAAAACAUUUAAACGUCGAUAGAUCAAAAUCUAAACAGCAAAUUCUUCAAAUACGACGCAAACUAAAGAGGAGAAAGUAGAAUAGUUUCUAGUUAUUCCACAGCGAUCACUAUAGACACAUUAAUAAAGUAUUUUUCAAUAGGUUGAAUCACAGUGGGUUAAGGCUAAAUUGCUAGUACUUGUUUUUAUUAUUAUUAUUAUAACCGGCUGUGCAUAAUUUUCGUGAUAUACGUUAUUCAGUCAGAAAAAUGUCUCAGCAUCUUCAAGGUGGGAAAGCUGAUAUGUCACUCAUACAAACAUCAGCAAGAAAAAAUUUAAUCACAUUGCUUGAGAAAUGUUCAGGCAAGAAGGCCCUAGUAUGGGACAACAGUUUAGCAGGUCCAGUGGGUUUAGUAGCACAAUAUGCUACUUUAAGAGAACAUAUGGUCACAAAGAUGUACCCUCUUCGCCCUAUGCCUUUACCAGAAACUGAUGUAGACCAUAUUAUUUUUAUCUCACGACCUAAGCUGCGCCUGAUGGAUUAUAUUGCACAAAAUGUUCAUUCUGACAGCAAAACCAAAACUGCAUCUAGAAAACAAUACCACCUAUUUUUUGUGCCCAAAAAGAGUUUGCUGUGUAUAGAGAGAUUGAAACAUAAAGGGGUAUUUGGAAGUGUUAUGGUUAUUGAUGAAUUCAAAUGUCAACUUUUCCCAUUUGAAUCAGAUCUUGUUUCUAUGGAGAUUACUGAAGUAUUCAGAGAAUAUUACCUAGAAAAUGAUCCAACUUAUUUAUACCAAACUGCCCAGGCUAUAACAUAUCUGCAGCAAAUGUAUGGAAAGAUUCCGAAGGUGUGGGGUAAAGGAGCAGCAGCCAAACAAGUUUGGGAUUUAGUUAUCAGAUUAGAGAGAGAAAACAAUGAAGAACAAAAGUCCAACCAACAGACUUGCAUAGAUCAAAUUAUUUUGAUUGAUCGUGCUGUUGAUUUGAUCACGCCUUUGGCAACCCAGCUAACUUAUGAAGGUUUGAUUGAUGAAAUCUUUGGGAUAAACAAUUCUACUGCGUUAUUUCCUAUUGAUCACUUCUUGAGUAGUGAGGAAAAAACUACGGAAUCUCUAUCUGAAGACAAAAAGCAGAUUAUACUAGACUCGGCAGAUAAGCUAUAUGCCGAUAUUCGUGACAAAAAUUUUAAUGCUGUAGGCGCAUAUUUGUCAAAACAAGCCAAAGCCAUAAGUGCCCAAUGUGAAAGCACACAAGAAAAGUCUGUUCAAGAGAUGAAACUGUAUGUUCAAAGAUUGCCUCAGAUUCUGGCAAAAAAGAAGCAAAUCGCAACGCAUACAGCCAUAGCUGAAUGUAUAAAAGAAGUGACCGACAGUUAUGAUUUUUUGGAUUACUUACAGGCAGAGCAAGAAUUCUUGAACUGUAUUGAGGUAGACAAACCAAGUCCUUACAUAGAGCAAAUGAUCGCCCAAAGUAAACCUUUAGUUAAAGUUCUGAGGUUGAUGUGCUUACAAUGCAUUGCAAACUCUGGUUUUAAACCAAAGGUUUUGGAAUUCUACAAGAGAGAACUGGUUCAUGAGUAUGGUAUAGAGACUCUGCUAGUCAUAUCAAAACUUGAGAAAGUAGGGUUACUGAAGGUGCAAUCGAGUACCAGACAAUAUACAUCUUUAAAGAAAGCCUUGAGAUUGAUCAUGGAAGAUACAUCGGAAAUAAAUCCAACUGAUAUUAGUUAUGUUCACAGCAUAUAUGCUCCGCUCAGCAUAAGAUUGGUGGAACAUGUCACUAAAAGUGGUGGUAUGAAGCAGUUACAAGAAGUUUUAGGUUUAUUGCCAGGUAACAGUUACUGCCGGCAGUUAAUGACAUAACAUCUUUAAAACCUUGUUUUCAGGGCCGACUCUCGAUGAAACUGUAACAGUAACUCCUGGAUUGCUGACAGGAAAUCCUGAUGUACCAAUGACUGUCCUGGUAUUUUUCAUAGGCGGAUGCACAUUCUCUGAAAUUUCCGCCUUGCGAUUUUUAUCUCAACAGGAAGAUUCUAAUGUUGAAUUCAUCAUUGGUACCACGAAAAUGAUCAAUGGAUAUACAUUCCUGAACUCAGUUAUAGAGAACUAAGAACAUAUGCACCGUAUUUUUUUUUAGGGAAUGAGCAAUUCAUAUAAAAAAUUUUAUUUUUGUUAUCUGUACAUAUAUCACAUUUUAAUUUAAAAUAUAUAUAAAGAAUAAAAAAUAAGUUACACACAUC